CCCCCCCCUCUCUCUCUCUCUCUCUCUCUCUCUCUCUCUCUCUCUCUCUCUCUCUGUCUGCGCUCGCGCUCGCUCUUAAAUGCCACCGAGGCCCACGCGGCCUGAACCGCACGGCACCGAUGCCCGCGAAGAGGUCGGCGUCGGCGGCGUCCGUGCUGGCCCUCGUGGCCGGCGGCCGCCGCGCCGCGCGGGUCCGCCUCUGCCUCCGCCUCGCCUUGCCGCUCUCGUUCCUGCUCCUCCUCGCCGCGCUGCUCCGCUCCCAGCCCCUGUCGGCGCCGCCCGCCGCGCCGCCGCCCUCCGCGGGCCCCGCCAAGGUCGCCUUCCUCUUCCUCGUCCGCGCGGGCGUGCCCCUCGACUUCCUCUGGGACGCCUUCUUCCGCAACGGCGAGGAGGGCAAGUUCUCGGUGUACGUCCACUCGGCGCCCGGGUUCAAGCUUGACCGCACCACCACGGGAUCGUCGUACUUCUACGGGCGGCAGCUCGCGAGGAGUGUGAAGGUGGCGUGGGGCGAACCAACCAUGGUGGAGGCGGAGAGGAUAUUGUUCGCCGCCGCGCUCGAGGAUCCUGCGAACCAGCGCUUUGUUUUGCUCUCGGAUAGCUGUGUUCCUAUGUACAAUUUCAGCUACAUAUAUACUUACUUGAUGGCUUCGCCUAAAAGUUUUGUUGACAGUUUUGUUGACAAGACAGAGAAGCGUUACAAUCCAAGCAUGUCGCCAGUUAUCCCAAGGGGAAAAUGGAGGAAAGGGUCGCAGUGGGUAGCAUUAAUCAGAAGACACGCAGAAGUAGUUGUUGGUGACAAACGUGUGUUGCAAGUAUUCAGAAGGCAUUGCAAGAUGGUGGUAACUAAGGCUUUGCUUGGACAGAAGCCUUAUUAUCGAAGAUUAGGGUUUGGACUUCGUCGAAAGCAGAUAUUGAAAGGAGCUAUUCGAAUGGAACAUGAUUGCAUCCCGGAUGAACACUAUGUGCAGACAUUAUUUUCUAUCAAUGGUCUUGAAAAUGAACUGGAAAGAAGAACUUUGACCUAUACAUCAUGGAACCAGUCAUCAGAUCCUAAAGAUAAAAUGACUUGGCAUCCAAUGACAUUUGAAUACGAGACAGCAAGUCCUGAGCAAAUCAAUUCGAUAAAGGGCAUCGAUCAUGUGAAUUAUCAGAUGGAGCGCAGAACUGAGUGGUGCCAAUGCAAUGCCACGUCCGUUCCAUGUUUUCUAUUUGCCAGGAAGUUCUCCUAUAGUGCAGCCAUGCAUCUAUUAGAGGAUGGGACGGUCGGUCCACUAAAAUCUGCUCUAUUGGCUUAACUAUUAACAAAAUUUUGGUCAUACGAGUUCUCGUUUUUAGUUUAUAGUCCAUCAGCACCAUUAGGUUCAGUAUCAUCUGCAGCUGAAUCUGCGGGGUCAUCCGAGUACCAUAGUGUAUUGGUAGUGUUCAGAUUUGUGCAUAGACCACUACUGGGAAAGAAGAGGUUUGAUGUACAGAGCAUCAGUUUUGAAACUUGUCAGCUCGGCUACAUUUCGACAUAUGGAGGAAGGAUCAGUAUCUUGUGAGGAAUGAUGAAGCAUGCUCAACCCUUCUCCCAAAUGGUGUUUACAUACUGAUUACAGGAUAGGAAAGCUGUAACAAUAUAUUGAUAAAUGAUCAUAUAGACAUUAACCAAAUUUAUAGAGGAAAAGAA